AGACACACGAUGAACCCACUGAUACAAGAUACAGCUAGCUAAACAGCUAUAAAAUGCCCAAAUUUGGGUCCACAAAAACAGUUCAAGUUGAAAAUUCUGACAGUGAUAGCACCAUGGUGGAAAAACCAACUUCAAGAAAGAGCAAGGACAAGAUUGCAUCCUACAGCAAAACUCCAAAAGUGGAUAGGAGUGAUGUGGGGAAGGAGAUGAAAGAAAAGUCUUCCAUGAAACGUAAACUUCCUUUUACUAUUAGUCCAUCCAGAAAUGAAGAUCGCAAUUCAGACACAGAGAAGGAAGGUGCGGAGAAAAAGAAAAUGAAGAAGGAUGCUGGAAAUAAGAAAUCAACACCAGUUAGCAUUCUUUUUGGUUAUCCUCUGUCAGAGCGCAAACAGAUGGCACUUCUCAUGCAGAUGACAGCAAGAGACAACAGUCCAGAUUCCACCUUAAAUCAUCCCUUACAAACACCACCAACACAAAAGAAAACUUCAAGCUCUUCUUCAAGACAAAAAGACAAAGUUAACAAGAGAAAUGAACGAGGGGAAACUCCUCUACAUAUGGCAGCAAUUCGAGGGGAUGUUAAACAGGUUAAGGAGCUAAUCAGUUUAGGUGCAAACGUGAAUGUAAAAGAUUUUGCAGGUUGGACACCGCUGCACGAAGCUUGUAAUGUUGGUUACUACGAUGUUGCUAAAGUCCUGAUAGCAGCAGGAGCCGACGUAAACACACAGGGCUUGGAUGAUGAUACGCCACUUCAUGACUCUGCUAGUAGUGGGCAUAGAAAUAUUGUGAAGCUGUUGCUUCGACAUGGUGGAAAUCCUUUUCAAGCCAAUAAGCAUGGGGAGAGACCUGUUGAUGUUGCUGAAACUGAAGAGUUGGAAAUGCUGUUGAAAAGGGAGGUGCCUAUAUCUGAUGAUGAGGACAGUUGCUCAGAUUCUGAAGAAGCUCCAUCUGUAAAUCCUUCUAGCGUAGAGGGGAACGUUGAUUCGGAAGCAGAAAAGGACUCUGUAGCAAAUAACAGCAAACAAACGGUCCCUAGUAAGGCACCACUUCCAUCUGCUCUUGAUGAGUAUGAGUUUAAAGAUGAUGAUGAAGAUGAAAUGAAAAAAAUGAUCGAUGACAGACAUAUUCUUCGAAAAGACCUAAGGAAGGAGGAUGAGACUGAAGUUGAAAAGAACAGCUUGUUUGUGAAACAAGAAAAAGUUGUCUUCUCAAAAUCAUUUAAAAGCAAAAAGCAGAAACCAUCUAGAGUUCUGUAUUCAAGUUCUGAAAGUUCAGAUGAAGAAAUACUUCAGGAUAAGAAGAUAGUCUCUCCUUGCUCUAUUUCAGAGACAUCAAAUUCUGAUGUAAGAGUGAAGAAAGAAUACAUGGUUACAAAUGAACACAAACAAAAAGGCAAAGUUAAAAGGAAAGUAAAAAAUCAGAGCAAAAAUAAAGAGAAUCAAGAACUAAAGCAAGAAAAAGAAAAUGCCAGAGUAACAAAUAUAGCUACUUCUGGGUUAGAUUCUUUAGAUAAAACUAGAGAGGAAGAAACCUUUAAGAAGUCUUUCACCCCAAAAGAAGAUUCUUCUUUACAUCUGUUUCAUAUCACUGCAGGUAAAUCUCCGAAGCAUCCCUGUGGAUUAAGUGAAAAGCAGUCAACACCAUUAAAGCAAGAAAACACCAAAACUUGCUUAUCACCAGGAGGUUCUGAAAUAACAUUGCAAUCUGAAUUAGUUCGGUAUGAGCACAAUGCUGAUUCUGAAUAUCUAGUAGAAAGUUCUAGUGGCAAAUCUUGCAAGCACAAAGAAAAAAGCAAGCAUCAUCAAAAAGAUUUUCACUUAGAAUUUGGUGAAAAAUCUAGUCCAAAAAUUAAAGAGGAAGAUAAUACAUCAACAUUAGAGAAUUCAGAGUAUACUCUGAGAAAGAUUGACAAGGAAGGUAAAACACUUAAAAAGCAUAAAUUAAGGCACAAAGAAAGAGAAAAGGACAAGCACAAAAAGGAACAGGAUGGGGAAAAGGAAAAACAUAAGCAUAACGUUAAAGAGGUUCAAAGAAGUAUUGAGUUUGACAGAGAAUUUUGGAAAGAGAACUUUUUCAAAAGUGAUGAAAAUGACGAUACGUUGUUAAAUAUAGAACAUGAAUCUCUUUCUUCAGACAGAAAAUCAAAGCUAGAAAAAGCAAAAGAAGAUAAGUUAGUUAAGGAGAGACAGUUCCAGAAAGAGAGAAAUGCUAAAGAGGAGAAAGAGAAGAACAAAAAGGAGAAUGAGAAGUUUUUCAAGGAUGAAAAAAUAAAAGAUAUAAAAGAAGAAAAAGAAAUUAGGCUUGCAGAUAAAGAAAUUGAAUUGUUCUGCUUUGGUGUUAAAGACGAGGGAGCCAGCGUGCAUUUAAUAGAAAAAGAAACAGAUACUGAAAAGCAGGAAAAGAAUUUAAAGGAAAAUAAAGAAAAGCCUGAAAAGCGAACCUCCACCAAAGAAAAAGAUGUUGAAAAGAUAGAAAGAAAAAAUGGAGAAAAAGAGAAAAAGGUAAAACAUGAAUACAAGACAGAGAAAGAAAAAGCAGAAAUAAAUGAAAAUAUAGAGAAAGUAAAGGAGAAGCCCAAUUUCCAGCAAGCAGAAAGAUGCCAUAAGGAAAAUGAUAAAAUAAAAAGCACAGGUAUUCUUAAAAAACUUGAUGACAAAGAAAGAAGUAAAGAAAAAAACGAUAAGAAGCAUGAUAAAGAAAAGGCUGAUAAAGACAGACAUUGGGCUGAAAGCAAAGAAAAACACUGCACUGAAAGAAAAGUCAAACAGUCUGAAAAAGAAUUCGAAUAUACUAAAUCAGAAAAAAAUAGAAAUAAAGACAAAGAAAAGGAACUUGAAAAAAAAGACAAAUCUAAAGACAAGGAGAUCUCAACAGUAGCAAACUCAAAACAUGUGCCAGAGGAAAGGAGAUGCAGUAUUACAGAAGGUAAUAAAACCGUGCAUGACAAAGUGUUGUCUUUGAAAGAAAAACCAAAAGAUGAUUUGUUGAAAACUCCAGAUGGUAGAGAGAAAGAUAAAAAAGAUAAAGAUAUAGACCGAUACAAAGACAGAGACAAGCAUAAAGAUAAACUACAUCAAACUAGUUUACUUAAACUAAAACUCGAACAUGAGAAACUUAAGCCUAAACCAGCUCCUGCAGCAAAGGAUGCUCGACCUAAAGAAAAAAGAUUAGUCAACGAUGAUUUAAUGCAAACUAGUUUUGAAAGAAUGCUUAGCCUUAAAGAUCUGGAAAUAGAGCAGUGGCAUAGAAAACAUAAAGAAAAAAUAAAACAGAAAGAGAAGGAACGUUUAAGAAACCGCACUUGUUUAGAACUUAACAAGAUGAAAGAAAAACCAAAACACUCAUUAGCUGAAGUAAAAAGCAAAGAACUGAUUCGUUCAAAAAGCUCUGAGUUGCCAGAUGUUUGUAUGAAGGAAAAACAGCAGAAAGACGCUACAAGUAAUAGAUCGCAAUCAGUAGAUACAAGAAGUGUCAAUGUUAUAAAGUCUUCCUUGGUUUUAGACAAUUUAAAUAGAUCUCCCAAAUCAGAAAGUGAAAAGGCAGGUCUGAGCUCCAGAUCAGUGUCCAUGGUUUCAGUUGCAAGCUCUGAGGAUUCUUGCCAUACCACAGUAACUACUCCAAGGCCUGUAAUUGAAUAUGACUCAGACUUUAUGCUAGAAGGUUCUGAUUCCCAAAUGUCUUUUUCACAAUCACCAUUUUUGGCAAGUGCCAAAUCACCAGCCCUUCUUGAAAAAGAGACCGAUGGUCUUGCUGAGUUGCCAGAUCGCAUUAAGCCGCCUUUUGCAAACAGGCUUCCACCAGCGUACGUUAGAUCAGCUUCUGUUGAAGAUGUUAAACUGGUUUUAAAUGAGUGUAGACCUGUCGUAGAGGUUCGAAGGUGCAGCAUGCCUGCUGCUGUUUCUGAACACAGCAAACUGCCUCGACUAUCAGAAGAAAAUAAUCAGAAUACUCUGCCAUCAGUUCAGGCUUAUGUUAGCACUUCUCCUAAACCAGAACUACCGUGUAGCAUGCUUGAAAGAGAUUUUCAAAGUAGUAUGUCUGGUUUGCAGUCAAACUUUACAUCAUCUCUGACUGGAGCCGCUAGCAACAAGCAGGCAACAAUGAGUACAAGUACCAUUAAAAGUACUGCUCAGAUGAGCCCGUCAGAAGACUAUAAUAUACAUUUAGAGCCAUGUAGUCAAAGUGGUGUGACUCAGCAAAUCAAACCAUGGGAUGUGCCUUUUGACAGACUUAGUUCAUUAAACAAUGAGUUUAACAGCUCAGGUUACGGUGUAUCAGAGCAAGAUACUAACAGUGUUAUAGCAAUGCAUAAUUCUGAAAACAGGACGUUAAAAGAGCAACAAGUAUCUGAAUUUUUGCCUCAGCAUGCUGAAAUUAAGAGAAGUUCCAGUUCUCAAGAAUCUGCAUCAGUUUUGCCUUCACAGUCGCCUUGUUCUUUACCUAUUCAGCCACCCCUCGAUGUGUCUAAACACAUUUCUUUACCAGGUGUUAGCAGUCAAGGGUCAUCAUUUGUACAACAACAAAAUCUAGUUCAAACUACAACUUCUACCUUGGAUACAGAUGCUACUAGUACCAGAGAGCUGGAAAAUGCUUUCUUCCCUUCAAACAUUAAGAAGGCUGAUGCACCCAUUGCUGUAUAUUCUGAGAACUCUGCGAAGGAUAUUUCACAGAGCUAUGAAAGGCUGAAUGAUUUACCUAUGGUACAGUUAGAAAAAGAUAUUCCUGAAAGUGAUAGCAGUUCACAAUUAAAUGUAAAUUCAUACACAUUCAGUAAACUUGUUUGUAAGAAUGCUCACAGUGAAGUGGAUAGUAACACAGCAGAUACUUCAGACAUUAGAAAUGAAAAAGCUCAACAAGAAAAGUUGGUUUCGGUGCAUGUUGUUGAUAAUAAAGCCAACGUCGAUCUCUGUGAACUAAGUUCAGGAAUGUCAAAGGGAAUUACGAAUGAAUCAGCUAAUAAAAAACCCUGCGCUGCAGACAGAGAAAAUGUGUUGACAGAUGAUCUACCACAGUACUCCUCUUUAUCUAAUUUGGAAAAUAGUUCACAACAAAUUACACCGGAAGAGGUACAUAAAUACAGCCAAAUAGUUAAACUAGAUGAAGAAAUUGCUGGGGAUCAGAAGAUGGAACAGCAAGAAGUACCUCAAAGAAUUACAAGGAACAGAGCAAAUAUACUUGCUAACCAGGGCAAGCAGAAUCCUGUUGGCUGUGCGCAGACAUCAGAAAAAGAGUCUGAAUCAUCAGCAUCUAUGAAAGCAAGGAUUAGAUUAACUGAAGAGGAUGAUGCUCAGGUACAUCAUCCACGUAAAAGAAAGGUGUCGCGUGUGCCUCAGCCUGUGCAAGUGAACCCUUCUUUACUGCAAGCUAAGGAGAAAACCCAGCAGUCACUGGCAGCUAUUGUUGAUUCUUUGAAACUUGAAGAGAUUCAGCCAUACAGUUCUGAGAGAGCAAACCCAUAUUUUGAAUACUUGCACAUAAGAAAAAAAAUAGAAGAGAAGCGUAAAUUACUGUGCAGUGUUAUUCCUCAGGCACCUCAAUAUUAUGACGAAUAUGUGACCUUCAAUGGCUCAUACCUACUGGAUGGCAAUCCCUUGAGCAAGAUAUGCAUCCCAACU